GGGAUAAUUGUAGAACAUCUUAUGUGCUCCUGUGGUUUCGGAACAAUAAUCGAAAUAAAAGGGCACAUCGAUGGAUGUACAUGACAUAGGGCUGUCUGUGCUUCACGAGCCUAGUGACUGUAUCGCAGAUAUUGUUUUCAUGCAUGGCUUACAAGGCCAUCCUCGAAAAACACGGGCGACCAAAAAAAUACGUGCGCAAAACCACCAGAGCAAAGACAUACCGAAUACUGCCUCUUCCCCACAAGCCACGACUACAGGCGAAUCUCGUCGAAGUCUCAAAAAUAUUUUUUCUAGAGGCAAAAUCAAAGCUAAAGCUUCUCAGACAGGACCAACUGAACAAGAGGUAUACUGGCCUUUGGAUCUUUUGUCAAAUGAUUGCACUAACGCGAGGAUAUUCACUUGGGGUUAUGAUUCUGUUGUUGCUAAGUUCUUUAGAGGUCCGACAAACCAGAACAAUAUAUUCGCACAUGCAAAGGAUCUUCUUUACUCGCUAAGCAACAAGCGUCUAGGUUGCAAAGGACGUCCCCUUGUCUUUAUUGCACAUUCUAUGGGCGGAAUUAUCGUCAAAGAUGUGAUACGGCGCGCUGCGAUAGAACCUGAUAAGAGUCUGAAUGAUAUCAAUCUUUCUACAAUAGCCGUUUUCUUUCUUGGUACUCCUCAUCACGGUAGUCAGAUGGGCGAAUUGGGCGAGGUUGUGCGCAGAAACGUGUCCGCUGUGGGCUUCAGUACGAACGAUCAAAGCAUCCGGAACUUUCAAAUUAACAGUUCGGACCUCCAAAUCAUCCAUGAAGGGUUCAUUUCUUUGUAUGAGCGGCCGGAUCGACAUUUUGAGGCUUGCACAUUUCAAGAAGCACAAGGAAUGACAGGAAUGAGUUAUGGGCUACUUGAUAAUAAAGCCGGUUCUGGUCUGUUCUUCCUCAUAUUUUCACUAAUUAUCUCCAUUCCAUAGGUUGUUGAAAACGUCUCUUCUAUUCUUGCGGGGAGUGAACGAAUCCAGACUAUCAAUGCGAAUCAUAUGUCCAUGUGUAGAUUUGCUGACGGGACCGAGGAUGGUUACCAGAAAGUGGUGGGUGAACUGCAACGGUGCUUAUCACUCAUAAAGGUAAAAUCACUUGCAAGAAGUACGAAUGACA